AUGGACGAGGAAUACGAGAGCGUUUCGUUGGUCAAGCCGGAGAUUUUUGUCUACAGGAUUCCUCCUCUCGGAACAAAUCGAGGACACAAAGCAGCAGACUGGAAACUGGAUGCACCUGAUUGGACGGGGCGCAUGAAACUGGUUGCAAUUGGCAAACGACUAGAACUCCGACUGGAGGACAAAUCAACAGGUGCCCUCUACGCAAAGUGCCCAAUUGAUGCCUUUCCGGGCGUGUGUAUUGAGCCGGUCACUGAUUCAUCAAGAUACUUUGUAAUUCUGCUAAAGAAUGACGCGGGUCAGACCGCAUUUGAUCACUUCAAAUACAUUGAAAAGUCCGCUGAGCUCGAGCAACAAAUAAAUGUUCCGCAGCCCAGUCUCGAUUUAGCGUUCAAGGAAGGCCAGACUAUUUCCAUAAAACUUAAGAAGGGUCCUGAUGGUCAACCGUUGCCCGCUCGAUCACGUCCACAGCCUGCUCCAGUUGGUGGCAGUGUGCCCUUGCUCCCUCCACCUCCAGGAGGUUCCGCUCCUUCUGGUCAACCGAAUCCGGCCGCUGUGCGGCGUCUUCAGCGUGAUUACGAAAAGCUUAGGCGUGAGCCCAUUGAUGGGAUAGAAGCCGUUCCUGAUGAUGCCAAUAUUUUGGUCUGGCACUAUGUGAUCAAAGGAUCACCAGACACUCCAUAUGAAGGCGGCUACUAUUACGGGAAAAUAUUGUUUCAGCCGGAUUUUCCAUGGAAGCCUCCUGCAAUAUGUAUGCUCACUCCCAAUGGAAGAGCUUCACGGUCAGGCUGUACAGUCAUGUUAACAAGUCGAUUAAGGUUCCAAACAAAUAUGAGGCUGUGUUUGUCGAUUUCUGACUAUCACCCCGAAUCAUGGAAUCCAGGCUGGACUGUGUCAUCCAUUCUAGUUGGACUACAUAGCUUUAUGAAUGAAGAGUCUCAUGCAGCUGGAGUUAUCAACGAACCUUUUUCGAAAAGAAGGAAAUAUGCAGCGGAAAGCAUGGCUUGGAAUCUUGCGUAUCCGGGAUUCAAAACACUGUUCCCGUCCAUAGUGGCUGAGAGAGAUAACGUCACCACGAAGAAUUCAUCAGCGUCAUCAUCUCGCAGCAAUUCUAGCACGAAUCAAUCUAGUGGCGCAACCAACAGUCUCAACAGCAAAUGGGAUAAAGCGCCAAACACUCAUGCACAGACGGGAGGUGUCUACCACGGUAAAUUGGUCUUCCCCAGCGACUUCCCCUUCAAACCGCCGUCGAUUUACAUGAUUACGCCGAGCGGUCGUUUUCAAGUGAACACUCGACUGUGCUUAUCUAUUUCUGAUUUUCACCCGGAUACAUGGAAUCCGGCAUGGACGGUGUCAACGAUUAUUACUGGUCUUUUAUCCUUCAUGAACGACACGGCACCCACAUUAGCUAAUACUGCAGAAGAAGCCACGUUGAGGGAGGAAGAGGAACGGUUGAGAAGUGCCGCCGAGCCGUCGUCGGGCCUUUCGUCGCUUGUGUCGAAUCUAAUUGUGAUUGCAGGCGUCGUGGUGCUUGCGUUUGCAGUUAGAUAUAUGAUCCAUGCUGCACAAGAGCAAGAUUCACAUUACAAGUAG